CAGAGCUGGGUUGCCUUAGGCAUCCCUGUGAUUCAGACAAUGGAGAAUAUUCUCUCAUAUCUGAAGAGCUAUACUGAGCCAGGCCUGAGCUUGGGCUCAGUGUUCUUAGCUGUUGACCCCAAACUCACUUUUCUGAGUGUGUUGGGGUUGCUCCUUUUGUAUGUGUGCUAUCUGGUGUUGGCAUCACUUCUAUCAACCCUUGGAAGAAGUCAACAUACCCAAAAGAGUCAGGGCAGAGUGAAGAGGAGAAGGAAAGGUGAAACGUCUCGAGGUCGAAGAAUUGGAUGGAGAAAGGCAGAAGGGGAAAGGAAGCUGAUUUCCAUUCUGAAAAGCCCCCUGGGCCCGCAUCAUGAUUCCAUCCGCUUUCGUCAGCUGUUGUGCCCAGACCCCCUCUGUGAGGUGUGUAACAGAUCGACGGCUGAGGUCAAUCGCCUGCUGGACCAGGUGUCCAUGGAGGAGGCUGCUCCCUCUGUGUCCCUACUGGUUUCCACAACGUCUAUGACUGAGUCAUCCAUCUUUCUGCCUUCCACACUAUCAUCAAGCCCUCCAGCAGAUCUAACUACAGGCCCUCUGUCUGAGCCUUCUCCAGCUCCAGCCUCCAACCUGCCACCUAGUCUGACCACACCCUCCCCUGAUUCACUUUCACCCUCACCACUGAGUGAGGCUGAACCACCAGAGCCUGUGCCACGCUUAGAUGCCAAAUUCCCAGCAGACAGUUUCCCAUCCUCACCAUCCCCUUUCUCUAGAAUCACUCCACAUCACACUCAGAGAGAAGACGAUUCUGGUCUCCAGCCAGGAGUCACUUUUUCUCAGGUGGAUGGCCCUGCAGGGUUGCCCACUUCUGUCCCAGCAGUAAGGGAUCUUGACCAGUCAAGGGUCACAAUUUCACAAGUGCCCUUACCUCCUGCCAAAGGCUCACUUUCCUCCAACUUGGCACAAAGUGAACUCAAGCAGGAGCUUCUUACCCACCAUUCUUCUGAGGCCGCUUUUGAGAAGGCCACUACAGCCAACAUGGCAGAGUCACGUAAUCUUUCCUUUCUGAGCCCUGAAGGGAGACAAAGUCAACAGAAAGGCAAUGCCCUGAUACAGAAAGGGAAGGAGAAGACAACAGGCUCUUUCUCAAAACGACUUAGCCCAGACUUCCAAGUAAGUCCUUCAGGGAAAAUGUCAGAGUCCAUUGCUGCUCAGCAGGACUCAGCAUCCUCCCCUCCUUUAAGCAGUGAAGGCGAACCAGAGCAUCUGCCUGUGCCUGAGCAGUCCCCAUAUCUUAAGACUGAUGAGGAUCCCUUACAGAAAAAGUCUACCUCAUCUCUGCACAGGGAAUCUAAACACCCUACUGUCCCUGUCUCAGGUGACAGCUCCUCAACCUUUGUGCUCAACGGAAUCUCCAAGGCUUCCAUAACCGAAGAAGCGCCAAUCAUUCCUCAUCACCAACCUCAGCCCAUGGCUGAGAUCUUACCUCACCCCAUGUCCCAAACUCUGCCACAAUUUGAGUCUAAACGUGUCAUUCAGGUUCAGUCGAAGGACCACUUUCAAUGCCUAGAUCAAAUCCUGCCCCCUUCUUCUCAAUCCCAGAUUAUGAUCUGUGGAGCACGUUUUAUUAGGCCCCAGUAUGUUGUACAGUCUCUUUUGCCUUCUGAAAUUGACCACCUGGAAUGGAACGUGUUGAAGAAAGAACAGGAAAGUGUGUGGGGUUUACCCUCUGUGGUCCAAAGUUCUCAGAAAGACUUCUGUCCUUCAGCUCCCAGCCUUGUGUCAGUCAGCCAGUCCUCCAAGGUCCAGGUUCGAAGUUCCAUCCUUCCUAAAGAUUUCCCCCUGAUCAGUGACAUUCAGCAGAAACUAGGGGCCCACUUUCAGAAAAGGUUCCUCCAACACCAGGGAAGCCUGCCCCUCAGGGUACAAGAGUCUCUGUCACAGAUGAAUCUUCAGAAAGAAACUACCGAGACAUAUGAGUCAAAGAGCAGUUAUGGACUCUCCUGUAUCUCUUUGUUUAAGAGUCAGAGCAGUAGAGAGAUAGAUGCUUGGGGAUUGAGCUGCCCUGGCAGCUCUCAUGGGAAGAGCUCAGAAAUGCUUCUGCUAGGGAAGCCUGUGGGGAAGGAUCAGGAACAGAGUCCAGAGAAAGGUGCAAAUGAUUCUCUCUCAAGUGAAUCAAAGACAUUUUCAGAUAAUAAUCUAGUAUCCAACUCUAAGAAAGACCUAGAGAUUCCCAUGGUGAGUCUUUCAGAAAAUAAUUCAAGAACCUCAAAAGUGAGCCAAAAUUGGAAAGAAAUUGCAAAAGCCUUGGAAGUACAUCUGAGCAAGAAAUCUGAGGAAAUCCGUGAGGGUCAAAUGCCCAGCAUUGUGACUAGUUCAUGGCAUUUUAUCAAGCACACAUUGUUUCUUUUUGAGAAAUCCCACAGUCAAAUGACCCACAGAGAUUUGGCACCAUCUUUGGGUGGGGACCAAAGCCUGAAUACCUCUGAACCGAUUUCCUUCAUUUCUACCAGCAAACAAGAUCUAUUAGAAGGUCAUAUUAAACAGUUUCAUAUGAACAUGAUGCAUGGCCUUCCCCCCAAAGUCAUUAAAUCUAUUCAAAUCUUUAAUGAAAAGGAGGAUCUCUUUAACCUCCAUUUUUAUGCUAACUUUUCCUCCCCAGAUAAGCUCAUUUCCGGGGUGGAUUACAAAUCUAGUGUCUCUAAGCACCAGAGAGAAAGUGCUAAUGUUCCUUAUAGAGACAAGGUAGGAAGAAUAAAUGAUGUCCCCAUUCUUGAUGACAUUCUCCAUUCUACCUCAACUGCAGAAAAGGGAGGACAGGGGACACUCCAACAACCAGCCUCUGAGAGCAGCCAUAAGGAUGUAGAGAACAUUCAGGGUGUUCAGGAGGGCAGACAGCCUUUUCUGCCUGGCACAAACAGCAUCAUGAACAAAGAUAGUCAGAAAGUAAAAGUCUUAGCAAAUUGUCACAGCCCAGAGCUGCCCACAAGGCAAGCUGAGACUGAACUUGAGCUCAAGGAUAACAGAGAGCAUUCCACUGAUACAGAAGAAAAUUCUCAUGACAAAAGGUUAAAGAAUCUAGAACACUUUUUGCUAUCCAACAUGUCUAGGGAGAUAUUCAAGGCAAAAGAGCUGUGUGGUCGUCAAUCACUAUGUAAUGACAUAUUGACAACCUGUGGAUCAGAAGGUUUCCCGAUGAUGGAGAGGAACUUAAGUAAAGUAGAAAAUACCCAGACUACUGAAAGCUCCCUUCAAGGAAUGUCAGAUCUCCAAGAUCCGAAGUCAUCAGACUUUAAAAAUCAUCUGUUGGCGGAGCUAAAAUUUAACUUAGAGAUCAGGGAGCAGAGCCAGGCUCAUGCCUGCUCAGUGGACAUGUCCUUUGCUGUUGAUAGCCUGCCUGACAAGGCUGCUCUGAAUCCUGCUCAGGAUGUUUCCAGCAGGGACGUGGCACCUUCCCCGAUGCUUCCUGUCCCCUUGGAUGAUACAAGGGUCUUUCUGGACCAGCCACAGGAGACCCGGGCCCCUAAUCGUGACUUCUUGAACACCCGCAUUAAGAAACCUAAACGAGAUGGGAGGAGAGUGAGCCCUCUGGUACCCAAAGGAGAGCUGGGUGGAGGGGGUGCAAUCUUGGAUCCAUCGGGACUUAGAAGGACAAGUCAUCUUCCUCAAGGCAAGGUGUUUCCAGAGACACAAGCGAAUAAAUCUUUGCCAUCCCCAACAAAGAAAAGGCAGCCUCCUAUUGAAAGCCUUUUUAGAAAGCAAAUGAAGCACUUUUUCCAAUGGCUUUGUACAAACAUGAAGGACAAGGGGCAAGAAAGUUCCCAGGAAAAGGGCAGCUCCCUCUCAUCACCACACAGCAAAGGCCUGGUGAAAAGGGCAGUUGCCUUGUCAGGAACCACCAAAGCUCAGAAAUACACAGCAGAAACUAGCAAGUUCUUUGAGAAGAAACAAGGCUGCAGAUACAAAAUUCAAAGCACCUGUCCCGGAGAGGCCCUCUCCUCUCCUGUGAAAAUUGAUCAAACUCAGCACAGUGCAGAACUGCACAUCCGGGAAAAGCCCACUCAGAGUUGCCACUCUGACUACAGGGCUCCUUCCUAUAAAGUCACAGGUACUAAGUCCUGUAGCCAGGGAGCUGCCUCAUCUGUCCUGAGUAAUCCAAAUGAAACUACUCGGGUCCGAGAGCAAAACAGACAGCCGCAGAGAAUCGUGGCACUAAAGGACCAGGUACAGUGUCACAGGCGCUUCCUAUCCAUUUCGCACAGGGAGACCACAUCCCAUCGAAGAAGCAUGUGCCCAUCCAAGAAGGCAUCAAGUCAGCCAGGUGCCUUCAGCCGCCCUUUCCAUUCCUGAAGGCUCCUUGCUGAUGGAUUUCCUAUACAUUUCGAGAGAUUCCUUCUUCACAUUUAAAAAGUAAAAUUCUUACACACUACUGUUUGAAUAUUCUCACUCCUUAUUAAAAAUAUUGAACCCUUC